AUGGCUUCAAGACAAGCAGCUUGUGACCCCUGCAGAAAGUCUAAGUUGGCCUGCGACCACAAGAAGCCUGUUUGCAACCGGUGUCGACAGCAGAAUAAAGAUGGCAAUUGCGUUUAUCGGGCCAGCCCAUUCAAGAGGCGACACGCCGCAACAAGCCAUGGAGGAACUCCGGUAUCUCGCACAAGCCGCAACUCGCGCUCACCAGAGAUUGAGCCCCGUCGACAUCCGAAUCCCAACCCAGGUUAUCUAGGUCCUUCCAGCCAUGCCGCCAUCUUUAACCAGUUAGUACUAGAAGACUCAGAGGGCGGUGAUCAGAGAUCUACUAGUCAUGACCCGGCCGCACCGCUGUUGGAGAGCAUUUCUGUUGAACUACGACCCGUUCUCGAACAGAUUGAGAAAGGCGUCAACCAACAUCUCCGGCCCAGGGAUUUGCACGCGAUGGAGGGCCUCGUCACGCUAUGGCUCUCAAGGGGAGUGAAUUUGGCCCUCGCCGAGAUCUUUGUGGCUCCUUGUGCCCAAUCUUCAAACUUCUCACGGGCAUCAUCCGUCAAGGACGCCAGUUGGGGUGCUCAGCUCACCAGUAGCUUGCUUGCGAAUUCCAUGAAGCCCCUGCACUUGACCCCGGACACGAGUUUUGAAGAGUUCACUGCUCAAUUUACUGCCGAAAGUUCUCGUUUUGAGACCCUUGGGAUCUUCCUCACGGCUGUGUUCCGGGCUUCUAUGGAUGUUGAGUUCUUCCCUGGCCUGUAUUCCUCCGAUCGGGAGAAGCGAGACUUUCGAAAUGCCGUGACUCGUCUGAGCGACAACUGCCUGGACAUCUGCCUUUCCCUCGACUCGUUGAACGACAUGCAGCUGGUGCUUCAAUACGAAAACUUCAUCUUGCACUCUUACGUGGAUGGCGAUCAAAGCUAUCAGCUGUGGCGUCGAAUAGGUGACGUGAUCUCGUCGACACUCGCUCUUGGCUACCACGAAGACAUUGACAGAAAAUGCGACGCACCGCCCUUCUUAUCCGAAGUGCGGAAAACCGCGUUCGCUAGAAUAUACUCAGCGGACAAAAAUGUAUCACUGUUCAUGGGCCGACCGCUGCGGCUGAGCAAGAGGUUCUGUCACUUCCAGCUGCCGAGCACUUCGAGGCGAGGUCCGCCGGUAGAGUCCACAGUCCAGAAUGACCCGUAUUUCUGGCCGGAAGACCCGCGGAUGGACUACCGAACAGAGACGAGCACGCUUGAAGCAAUAGCUGGAGCAUACUGGGAUGCCUUGCCCCUCAAAUUCAAGGAGACAUCCCAGCUCAAUGACGCCGACAGAAGCCCAUUUGAAAGAGACUUUGUCAUCAGCAUCAGUUUGACAUAUCUGCAGCUUGUCUUGCUUUUACGCCGCCUUAAGCUAGGGAGCUUCUCUGACCCGAAUAUUGCUGUCGUGGAAGUAGCUCAGCAGAUUCUCAGUCUGGUCAUCGACGCCAUCGUCCUCCGUACAGAUCUGGCCAACGCUGGCACAAAUCUCGCUUGGAAGGUGAGCCGUCUCCUGCUAGGUGAGCCCGUCAGUGACCGGGCAAAGCAGACUGACCGACCUCCUAAGAUUGCUUACCAUGGACUCCCGGCCGCGGGGAUUUUGCUAUUAUCCAUGCUCGGACCAGGCAAGGUGCAGACGGAACGGCCAGCCCUCCAACCGGCACUUCGUGCCAAAGCCAUUCAAGACCUAUGUGUUCUCGCAGCCGAGAUAGAGAGAGGGACUCUGGUGAAGACUGACGACCCUAACUUUGCGCCUCUGUCCAAGGCCGCUCGGAUUAUCCAACGCCUGCUCGACCACAUUCUCUCAGGUACAGAAGUUUUCAGCACGCAAGGGCCUGGACCACAGCAGGAUCAUGCCCAGUUACAGGACGUGAUCCCUUGGUACCCACUGCAAGACCAAGAAUUGUGGGAUCUGGAGACAGGCUUCUGGCAGGAGCUUGCAGGUCAACCGUCUUUAUUCGACCCAUACAGUGAAGUCCAAGGUUGA